GAAGGUAUCAGCUGAUGCCUGAUGUUGUUUAGUACUUUAUUGCUUUAUUUUCAUAUUUUUAUCAAUAUAACUUUAUCACAAUUGACAACGUUUUAAUAUCAUUGACACAGAUUAACCUCAACAAUAUCAUAAAAGGUCACAAAAAAGCAACAAUUUUACUAAGACUAUUUCAUUAAGAUGGUACAAAUGUAUUCGAAAACUUUGGAUCCGUCGGUCUUGAAUGACAUAUAUUUAAACAAGUGUAGCAUUGAACUUCAAAUCAAAAAGAUUCUUUCGAAAAAUUUAGUUAUUGAAAAAGAAAAUUACCGAAAAUGGCUCAUAAAAGCAGUCUCUCUUAUAGAUUUAACAACACUAUCUGGAGAUGAUACAAGAUCUAAUGUAACAAGACUUUGCUUAAAAGCACAAAAACCAUUACCAAACAUAGACCCAAAUCUAAAAACUGCGGCUGUAUGUGUGUAUCCAAACAGAGUUAUUGAUGCUUAUGAGACAUUACAAAGAAUGGGGAUUACAAAGGAAAUUAAUAUUGCUUCUGUUGCAACUGGGUUCCCAUCUGGCUUAUAUCCACUAGCAACAAGACUACAAGAAAUUAAAUUUGCUGUGUAUAGUGGAGCAAAUGAAAUUGAUGUAGUGCUGGAUAGAAGCUUGGUUCUAACAGGCAAAUGGGAUGUAUUAUAUGAUGAAGUUUUGCAGAUGAAAAAGGAAUGUGGAACUGCACAUUUGAAGGUGAUCCUUGGAGUGGGAGAAUUAGGAACAUAUGAGAAUGUUUACAACGCGUCAAUGGUUGCAAUGAUGGCCGGAGCUGAUUUUAUCAAAACAUCAACUGGGAAGGAAGCUGUUAACGCGACUCUACCUGUUGGUUUGGUGAUGUGCAGAGCUAUACGAAACUUUUAUCAAAAGACCAAUAAAAGGGUGGGUUUAAAGCCAGCAGGCGGCAUAAAGACAGCAAGAGACGCUGUCAAUUGGUUAGUUCUUGUACAAAGUGAACUAGGACCAGAGUGGCUAUGCAAAGAGCUCUUCAGGAUUGGAGCUUCAAGCUUACUCAAUGUUAUUGAAAAGGAAUUGAGUCAAUAACAUGAACUAUCCACUUAAAUGUUCCUGGAGGCAUGUUGAUGAAAUUCAUAAUUCUCUCACCAAUAUUAAUAUUAAAAUAUCCAAGUGUCAUCAUCAUAAAAUGGAUUGGAUUUUUUUAUGUAACAAAUAAACACAAAAACUACUCUUUGCAUUUUAAAAGGGCACAUCUUUACCUAUUGUACUUGCUUCUUAGGCCCAAAUAGAUUUUAGAAAUUAACUCGUGUUACUAAACGCUCUUUAAUGAUAAAAAAUUUAAGGUCUAGUAGUUUCUGAGGUAUGACGUAUAAUAAAAAAAUCUUUCAUCUUAA